AUGGCUAAGUUGAUAGGGAAGGAUUUUCCGUUUGUUUGGUCACGGGAGUGUGAGGAGGGUUUUGCAAGCCUGAAGGAGAUGUUGACUAUUGCGCCAGUGUUUGCAUUGCCAGAGCAAAGUGAGCCUUAUUUGGUUUAUACAGAUGCAACAUGUAAUGUUAUUGCCUACGCUUUGCGGAAGUUGCAGAAGCAUGAGAACAACUAUCCUACUCAUGACUUGGAGAUGACUACUGUGCGAAAGCUGAAUUUGAGACUGAGGCGGUGGAUGGAGCUGGUGGCAGACUAUGAUAUAGAGAUAGCUUAUCACCCUGGUAAAGCUAAUUUGGUUGCAGACACUUUGAGUUGGAAGCGGGCGAUUUCGGCUCAGGAGCAGGAUAUGGAGACUCUGGUUGGAGAGAUUAGUGCAUUGAGAUUGUGUGUUGUUUCUCAAGAGUUGUUGGGUUUGGAGGAGGUUGAUCGAGCAUACCUUCUGAGUAGAAUGCGGUUGGCUCAAGAGAAUGAUGUGGGGCUGGUGAAUGCCUCUGAAGAUGUUGAUUGGACACGCUACAUUGAUAAACAUUGGCUAUUGAAGAAGUUAAUCAUCGGAUUCAAGUAUGUGUUGGAUCACAAAGGUAAGACAAUUGCCAAUACUCUUCUACAAUGUCUUGCUGACUGGGGGAUAGAGAAGGUGUUUACUGUGACUGUGGAUAAUGCAACUGCUAAUAGCAAUGCUCUUAGUGAGUUUCAGUCUACCUUCUCUCUAAUUAGGACAGAUUCUCUAGUGUUGAAUGGAGAUUACAUGCAUAUGAGAUGUGUUGGGCAUAUUAUAAACUUGAUAGUUAAGGAUGGAAUGGCUGAAAUGGAUACUAGUGUUACUUCAGUCCGCACUGCCAUAUCUUAUGUCAGAUCAGGACCAAAUAGGAGAAAGGCAUUUGAGCUGCGAGUGGAAACUGGUAGAUUCACGAAGGGUAGUUUGCCUCUAAAUGUGACCACUAGAUGGAAUUCGACAUAUUUGAUGUUGACAAAAGCAAUUAAGUUCAAAGGAGCUUUUGAUAGGAUGGAGUUCGCUACAUUGGUAGUUAUUGCCUCCAAUACUUUGAAUGCACAUAAGUGCUAUAGUGAGAUAAUAAACAUUGCAGUGAAGCUUCAGUUACUUUGUCUUAAUAACGAUGAUGAUGUGAAGGUUAAUGCCGAGAAGAUGUAUAAGAAAUUUGAAAAAUAUUGGGAUGGCAUUAAGAACAUUAACAUUAUGUUGGUAAUUGCUAGUGUUUUUGAUCCGAGAAAGAAGAUGGAGUUUGCAAAUUUGUGUUUUGCGGAGCUGUAUGGAGAAUAUAGUACAACUGCUAAGGGGUUAAAUGAAGCAGUUUUGAUUGUCAUGCGUGCGAUGUAUAAGGAGUAUAGUGAAAGAUAUGCUGAAUCAACAUCUCAGGCAUCUGGUCAGUCUCAAUCAUCAUCUCAGGCUACUUAA